CCUCUCUCUGCCAGUUCCGUGUGUGUAGAAUGUCUUACAUGCAUCAACACAAGAUAUGCAUGGCUGUCUAGUCGGACAGAUUGCAUAACACAACACACAGAUACACGCGCGCGCUUGCGUACACACACACACACACACACACACACGCACACUCCCAGAGUUAAGAUGCUCUAUCUCCGUCUCCGUGGCAAGGUCCAGCAAAUUCCGGGAGACUUGAGCCCAAGACUGUGAAAUGACUAUUCAUGGACACUUCGCAACAAUCGCCAAGAUACCUUUCGUCUGCCACGCAGUUGGUCUAAGAAAACUGAGAUAGGAAGAAGGAAGCCCCUCACUCUUGUCUCCCUCCUUCCUCUUCUUCCUCCUCCUCCUCCUCCUCCUCCUCCUCCUCCCCCUCUCCUAGAGCCUGUGUGCGCUCUGCACAGAGAAGGGGCCGCUAUAAGCAGUGCUGGCUCUGGGCGCGGUGUUGCUGCUCUGCUGUUGCUGCUACUGCUGCUGCUGUUGCUGCUGGAGCUGUUGCUGCGGGCAGGGGACUUCCUCGGGCUCCAGGGACUUCCCAAGUGGUGACUGCCGAAGACGGACACAGAGACGCGCCUUGGUUCUGCCAGUCGGGAGUCGCGCCCUCAGAGUCCUCUUAGAACUACUGCUCAGCAGCUCCCCUCUUUGCAGCCCCGCCUCACCCUGCUCUUCCAGAAAGUGGAGUGGAAUACUUGGGGGGGGGAGGCGGGGGAGGUUUGCCUACUGCUUUUUCAGCUGCUUUUCGCAAAGAAUUCCGCUGUUGCCGGGCGCUCUUCCAUCUGCCACCCGCCCUCCACUUUUUUUUUUUUAACCCCGUUUAUUUGGGUGUUACUGUAUCUUACUUGUUCCUCCAGUCAAGAUGAGGAAAGGUCUGGAGGCGACAACGGCCCGCUGCGGAUUGGGACUGGGAUACUUGCUUCAGAUGUUGGUGUUACCUGCCCUGGCCAUCCUUAGUGCCAGCAGUCCGGGCUCCGCAGCCCAAGAUGAUGAUUUUUUCCAUGAGUUACCAGAAACUUUUCCAUCUGACCCUCCUGAGCCUCUGCCACAUUUCCUUAUUGAGCCUGAAGAAGCUUAUAUUGUGAAAAACAAGCCUGUGAACCUAUACUGUAAAGCCAGUCCUGCCACCCAGAUUUACUUCAAGUGCAAUAGUGAAUGGGUUCAUCAGAAGGACCAUAUUGUGGAUGAGAGAGUAGAUGAAACUUCUGGUCUCAUUGUCCGUGAAGUAAGUAUUGAGAUUUCCCGCCAACAAGUUGAAGAGCUCUUUGGGCCUGAAGAUUAUUGGUGCCAGUGUGUUGCCUGGAGUUCUGCGGGUACCACAAAGAGCCGGAAAGCCUAUGUACGCAUUGCAUAUCUUCGGAAGACUUUUGAACAAGAACCUUUAGGAAAGGAAGUAUCCUUGGAACAGGAAGUCCUGCUCCAGUGUCGCCCACCUGAAGGCAUACCCAUGGCUGAGGUGGAGUGGUUGAAAAAUGAAGAGGUAAUUGAUCCUGUUGAAGAUCGGAAUUUUUAUAUUACCAUUGACCACAACCUGAUUAUAAAACAGGCUCGCCUCUCAGAUACAGCAAAUUACACAUGUGUUGCCAAAAACAUUGUCGCCAAGAGGAAAAGCACGACAGCAACUGUUAUAGUCUAUGUGAAUGGUGGCUGGUCUACUUGGACUGAAUGGUCUGUAUGUAACAGUCGAUGUGGCAGAGGUUAUCAGAAACGUACAAGAACCUGCACGAACCCAGCACCACUCAAUGGUGGUGCCUUUUGUGAAGGACAAAGUGUUCAGAAAAUAUCUUGUACAACAUUGUGUCCAGUGGAUGGCCGAUGGACAGCAUGGAGCAAAUGGUCAACCUGUGGAACAGAGUGUACACAUUGGCGCAGGAGAGAGUGCUCAGCACCAGCCCCCAAGAAUGGAGGCAAGGACUGCGAGGGGCUCGUUUUGCAAUCCAAGAACUGCACAGAUGGGCUCUGUAUGCAGAGUUUCAUUUAUCCUAUUUCAACUGAACAGAGAACCCAGAAUGAAUAUGGAUUUUCUUCGGCUCCUGAUUCUGAUGAUGUUGCCCUCUACGUUGGUGUGGUGAUAGCAGUGAUCGUAUGCUUGGCCAUCUCUGUAAUCGUGGCUCUGUUCGUGUAUCGGAAGAACCAUAGGGAUUUUGAGUCUGAUAUCAUUGAUUCCUCAGCCCUCAAUGGUGGAUUUCAGCCUGUGAACAUCAAGGCUGCAAGGCAAGAUCUCCUGGCGGUACCACCAGACCUUACAUCAGCUGCAGCCAUGUAUAGAGGCCCUGUCUAUGCUUUGCAUGAUGUCUCUGACAAAAUCCCAAUGACUAACUCACCAAUCCUCGAUCCUCUACCCAACCUAAAAAUCAAAGUGUACAAUACCUCAGGUGCUGUAACCCCACAGGAUGACUUAUCAGAUUUCACAGCCAAGCUGUCCCCACAAAUUACCCAGUCUCUGCUGGAAAGUGAGACUCUCAACUUGAAGAAUCAGAGCCUGGCUAGACAAACAGACCCAUCCUGUACUGCUUUUGGGACUUUCAACUCUCUUGGGGGACAUCUCAUUGUCCCCAAUUCAGGAGUGAGUUUGCUGAUUCCUGCAGGGGCCAUUCCCCAAGGAAGAGUCUAUGAAAUGUAUGUGACUGUACACAGGAAAGAAAAUAUGAGGCCCCCAGUAGAAGACAAUCAGACGCUUUUGACCCCGGUGGUGAGCUGUGGGCCUCCUGGAGCACUGCUGACUCGACCUGUCAUUCUUAGCAUGCAUCACUGUGCAGAGCCUGAAACAGAGGACUGGAAGAUCCAGCUGAAGACUCAGACCACACAGGGGCACUGGGAGGAUGUGGUAGUUGUUGGAGAGGAAAAUUUCACCACCCCUUGCUACAUUCAGCUGGACCUAGAAGCUUGCCACAUUCUCACAGAGACACUGAGCACAUAUGCUCUGGUUGGGCAAUCUACCACCAAAGCAGCAGCAAAGCGCCUAAAACUUGCCAUUUUUGGGCCAUUGUCUUGUUCAUCUUUGGAAUAUAGCAUCCGGGUCUACUGCCUAGAUGACACACAGGAUGCACUUAAGGAAGUUCUGCAGUUGGAGAGACAGAUGGGAGGGCAACUCCUGGAAGAACCCAAGACUCUUCAUUUUAAAGGCAGCACCCAUAACCUGCGCUUAUCAAUUCAUGACAUAGCCCAUUCCCUCUGGAAGAGUAAACUGAUUGCUAAAUACCAGGAAAUUCCUUUCUACCAUAUCUGGAGUGGUUGUCAAAGAAAUCUCCAUUGUACCUUCACCUUGGAGAGAUUCAGCCUGACCACAGUGGAGUUAGUCUGUAAACUCUGUGUGCGACAGGUAGAGGGAGAAGGCCAGAUCUUCCAGCUCUCCUGUACAGUGUCAGAGGAACCGACUGGCAUUGAUUUUCCCCUCCUGGACCCAGCAAGUACCAUCACCACCAUCACAGGACCCAAUGCUUUCAGUAUCCCUCUUCCUAUUAGACAGAAGCUGUGCAGCAGCCUUGAUGCCCCACAGACCAGAGGUCAUGAUUGGAGGAUGCUAGCCCACAAACUAAAACUGGAUAGAUACUUGAAUUAUUUUGCAACAAAAUCAAGUCCCACUGGAGUGAUCCUGGAUCUCUGGGAAGCUCAGAAUUUCCCAGAUGGGAACCUAAGCAUGCUGGCAGCGGUCUUGGAAGAAAUGGGAAGACAUGAAACAGUGGUGUCUUUGGCAGCAGAAGGGCAAUAUUAAACUAGUCUGGAACUGAAAAGGAAGGAGGAAAAUGCACAGGGAGUCUGAUGGCUGGCCUGCAGGCCAUGAUUGAGAAAGAAAAUACAAGUCAGACCAGACCAAGGAACUUCACAGGGAGAUUUCAGUGAGAGAAAAAAAAAACAACAACAAAAAAAGAAAAACAACAACAACAACCAGAAACAGCCAAUUUUCAUCCCCACUGUACU